AUGACUCCGAGUACCAACAAUCCCUCCCCCAGCGUUGGCCAGCCUACCCCUCCAGCUGUCCCUUCGACGACCACCGCCGCUACAACCACCAAUGACUCCGACAGUGAGAACACCCCCGAGGAGAGGCCGCCUCAUACUUCUGAGAUCGGUACGCUCAAGAAGCUCCCCAAUCACGGCACCGCCUGGCUAGGUAGUUCCUCUGGUGUCUACUUUGUCAAUACUGUGCGCCGUGCCUUUUCUACCGCCUUUGGCGCUUCAAAUCUCGCUGGUCCUAAUGCAGUUCCCGCCAGCGAAGACAUCCUCACGGGUGAGGAUGCUGAAGGCCGAUCGUACAAUGGUCCUCUGCAUGAGGGUCCAAGUGAGACCGACUCAUUACCGCAUCUGCUUGCCUCUGCCCUCGGCAGACCACCAGAUCGAAAGAUUGCUUUUCAACUUGUCACGUCCUUUUUCACCGUGUGGCACCCCUUAUUCCCCUUCCUCCAUGGCCCGACCUUCUUGAAAGAUAUGGAGACUAUAUAUCUUAACCAAAAGCGACAUGCGAAAGCAACCAAGGAACAUCCGUCCCCUAUUGACCUCAGGAAGUUAAUGACCUUCCAACUCAUCAUCAACAUCGCGUCGCUAGAUCGAAGUGACAUUCUUCUACCCAUGGAAUCCCGCAUCAAAUCGAACGCUGACGUGAGCCGAGUGGCUGGGUGCCUUGCUCUGUCUCAUGACAUUACGAACAUCCAAGCAAUCCUUGCCGCUGAGCUCUAUCUGGCGGCAACAUUGGCGAUUCGUCAGGCUAGCACGGUAGCCGGCAUCGUGGUGAAGCUCAUAUACCAUGCCGGUCUACAUCGUUGUCCGCUGAGAUACGCGCAGCUUUCGGCGGAGGAUUGCGAAAUCCGAAAACGAAUCUUCUGGUCUGCAUAUGCGCUGGAUCGGCAUUGCAACCUGAGUUUAGGCGACCCAAAUGCCAUCCAGGAUGAUGAUAUUGACGUCUGCUUGUCUGGUCCAGAACUACACAAGGCUGUGUGGCGACCAAUGAUGCCGCAAGAUGGUGAUGAAACGAUGGCCAUGCCGCCCCCGAGACCACUCUCCGAUGAUUCACGCAACACUCAACAGGACAAGGAAGGCCCAGAAGCGAAAGAAAAGCGACUGCGAGAAGCAGCUUUGACGGCAUAUGUCCAAUGGGGGAAGCUUACGGGGCAGAUCAUUGAAGUGUUUCACAAAAGUAUCAAUCACCGUUUCCCCAAACACGAACAAAUCUUGCGCUUGACAAGCGACAUCGAAACUUGGUGGAACGAUCUACCAGGCUUCCUUACCGGAGAAGCCGAUCCCGGCCAGCACCACGAGACCAGGAGCACGCACAAACCUUCGUCAAACGACGCCUCUUUUCUCCCUCCUCAACAGCACCUUUCAAGCUUCUUCAAAAUCCUAUAUCACCGACUCCUCCUUCUCGUCAGUCGUCCGAGAUUAUCCCUUGAUCAGUCGACACCCGAAUUCCAGCAUGGCUUACAAGUCUGCAUUCGAGCGUCUCGUGGUAUUGUCGCUGGACUGAAAUCACACCGAAGCCAUGGACAAUCCAUGUUCUUGCCUGGUUUGCUGUCCGCGGUUUGGAUGUCGGGACUCAUCAUCGCAUUCGCCUGCCAACUCGGGAAAUACGCCAAAGCAAGAGCGUUGUCCGACAUCCAGGCAUGCCUCAGCAUUCUCGACAGCAUGAACACGAGAUGGUACACAGUGCAGAAUUGCCACAAGGUUUUGAAUCUGCUCAUGAUCAACAUCCAGUCCAGAAAGGCUUCCGCGAAUGGCUUCUUGACCGUCCCCAAACCCGACCAGCCUUCUCCACAGAGCAUGCCGAAUGAUUCCUCUGACUCGGCUCAGCCGCCCCGGAAACGUCAGCGCACAGGUGACGACCUGCCGCCCAGUCCACGAAAAUCAUCGUCUUCCAUGACAGAAUCAGCCACGCCGUCGCCCCACCAACAGCACCCAUCCUUGUCUGCAACCGCGACGAGUCUGUCCCUUCUAAAGAACGCGCCCUCGUCAACCCAGGGGAGCACACCCGGGAAUUGGCCCCCGUCACUCGGCUACGACGCCACGAAUCCAUCCGCACUCACCAACCCGGCGGCCUCGAUGUCAAACUUUGAUUUUUCCAACUGGGACCGAGGCCAACCUACGACGCAGCCACAGAUAAACGCUGGUCUGGGGAGCGCCAUCUAUGCCACCCCCCAGGAUCUCGCGUUUGCCCAGUCGACGAUGAACAUGAAUUUGCCGCCGAGCAGCAACGGGGGCAAUAUGGGUGCUGGUGGCGGUGGCGGCGGUGACGGAGGAGGAGGAGGAGGUGGUGGUGCCAACAACGGCGGAGUGCAGGAGUACUCUGACCCCAUGUUCUGGGGGAACAUGGAUUUCAACGUUGCUGAUAUUUUCGGUUCUGCCACGUGGGAGAAUAUGACGGGCCCUUUCGCCCCUGGUGGCGGUGGGUUCAAUGGGGCCUGGGAGAUGUGA